UUGCGGUACCCGGAUUGCAUAGCCCCCAGCCUCAAUGACCAUCAUGUCAUCUUCCACUGGCUUUGUAAUUCAAGGCUGUAUGCCAGGCAGAAUUUGGAGGUUUUGUAUGCCAUCCCUCAGGCUCGGGAACCGCACGUUUUGACAGAGUCAUCAGCCGCCAAUAUGGCAAUACACAUAUCAGCACGUUGUUCCCGACGCCAGGAAUAAGCGUUUACAAAGAUUCUUCAAGGCCGCGCCACGUGUAACGGACUCUGUGAUCUGAUGAAAAGGACCUGAUACCAUGUCAACGGUUUCCCAAUUAUUCAAUGUUCGUCCUGACGAACCAACACAGGCAUUUCUGGCUUCGGCCUUUUGGCCUGGAAUACCGUGGCGGCCCAACGAUUUCGCGGACUUCUUCAGAUAUUUCAAUGAUCACAUCAACGACCUCAAAUGGCCUCAUGGGGUUGUCGAUGAGACUAAAUUUGCUGCUCGUACCUUCGACGAGCUCGUCGCUAUCGUCAAGGAGCUGGGAGACAAAAGAGAUAGUCCACGCGAGGAGGCUUUGACGUCGAUAAAACAGUUGCAAGUGUUCCAGAACAAGCAGCAGACAGAUCGGCAAGUUCGCAUGGUUGAUCUACCGCCUUACGGGCCCACGUCGGGCGCCGUUGAGUAUGCUGUUUGGGGCCCUAAGAACACGCUCGCGGACCUCUGCAGACAGCAAUUCCAAAUCUCGAAAUUUAUCCCAACCGCUCGAGAAGCCCGGUUAGACACCGGUUUCAAUGCUAUGAACCUGAUGCACAUCUGCGGGAUCAAGAUUGCCUGGACCGACAAUUUGUUUGACCACCUCCAUUACGAUCAAUCGCCAGUGCCGAGAAGCUGGUGGCGGUUUUGGCAUUAUCAUGGUUCGGGUGGGACGAUUCGGAUCUAUCCCCACAAGUUCUGUCUCGCGAGACACUAUGAGACAACCAAUGUCUACGGAAACGAUCUCUUAGAGGAGACCAUGAAGUCCCUCGAUCUUCUGUUCCCUUUUGGACACGACCAGACACGAGAUUUUCUCAGCCAAGAGCUUCAUCCAUUCUUCCUUGCUGAACCGACAUUUCCCAGGACCAUGGACUUGGGAGAUUUCAACUUUUGGCGGAGAAAAAUUGUCAUAUUGUAUGACGCCUUCAAUGCCCCCCCUUCUAGAGUGCAACAAAUGUGGAGGGAUACUCGUAACCCGAUGCAGUGGUGGACUUUUUGGCUUGCUGUCUUAAUCACCAUCCUCACGACCGUCUUUGGAGUGAUCUCUGGGUACACAUCUUUCCAACAGGUUGAGUUAGCAAAGCAAACAUACAGGCUCUCUGUCCAGCAGGCAUGCGGUCAGAACGAUCUCAUUCAACAAAUGUGUCCUCUGAGAUGAGAGUGUGAGGGUUUCUCUACACCCACCAAAAAUUGGUAUAACCAUUUAACAAUCAUCUGGUUUCUCUAUGCAUUGGAUGAGUGGAGCCAGCCUUUGAAUGCCAUACUAAGGGUUUCGCGAGGUAAAUCACGGGCGUGUCCAAUAGCCAUCAGCUGGCAGGAAAGUCUGGUCGCUGAGACCUUGGUUCGGAAUAACCUUGCGCCCACGAAACAUGUACUUGUCCAUGAAGACAGGAGACAAACGGAGUGUUUAUGUAGAAACAGGUCCUGAGCGCAUAUAGUAGUGGAGUGU